AUGGAAGAUUAUCUAAAUGGGAUUGAUGAGGAGCUCUGGAAUUGUAUCAAUGGACCAGCUCUACCUCCUGCGAAUGUUCAAACAUUAGGAGCCUCUGGAACUUCAAAUCAAGUCAGUAAUCAAGGUGAUCAUAUGAAAAAGAAUGAGAAGAGAUGUAUGCAAGAGCUGAGAGGUGCAUUGCCACCUGUGGUUUACAACUACAUUCGUGGUUGUAAAACAACAAAAGACAUCUGGAUCACAUUGAAAGAAAAAUACCAGGGAAGUGAAAAGACAAAGAUCAACUCUGUUAAACAAUGUCUUGUUGAGCUUAAGGAGUUCAGACAGAAGGAUGCUGAGACGAUUGAAAAUUACUAUGAUCGUCUGAAUGAACUCAUUUAUCGAUGCAGCAGGUACGGAAUCACAAGGUCUCCUAUGGAAUUCAAUCUUAUAUUCAUCAUGGGGCUUCGCAAAGAAUGGCGAAGUGUGAGCAUAAUGAUAAAGAAUCAACAGAGCUUUGACACUUCGAGUUUGAAUGAUCUACACUCUGACUGCAUGUUAAGGAAGAAGGAUGAAAAGAAAUCCAAAGUGAAAGAUGAAGCUUACUAUGCUGAAAAGCUUGAGGAAGUUCGUAGAAAAGGAAAAUGGUUGUCUUUGGUUGAGAAGGGAGAGAUGGAAAAUGAUGAAAGUGGAACCUACCAAAUCUGGUCUUCAGGUUCAGAUGAUGAAGAAAUGAAGCAUUCUACACACGGUGCGAUGUUUGCUAGUUUUGAGAAGAAUGGCGAUGAAGAAGAAGAAAUCUCUGGACAUUGCUUCGUGUCUAAAUCCACUGAUAAGUCUCCUAUGUCCACCAAGAUUUUAAAGAAAACUGAGACUUCGACUCUUGAUUCUCAAAACAAUUAUGCUGAUGUCGAUAAUAAUUCAGAUAAUAUGAGUGAAAUUAGUGAAAUCGAAGAGGAAGAAGAGAUUGAUUGUUCUAAACUGUCUGUAAUUAAUAUAACAUCUAAGGUCAAAGGUAAAGAAAUUUUAGCUAAUUCGAUAGUGAAGGUUGACACUGAAAAACCCUCAACCUUGCAACUUUUUGACUUUGAUGAUGUGGAAGUUCAAAGUAGCCAAAUAGAUGACACUGAUGAUGACGAAGAAAAUGUGAAAACUUCAUGUGAAUGUGAGAAAGAGAAGAAUGUUUCGACUGAAACAUCACCUACACGCAUUGUUUUUGAACAAGUAUAUGGUGACUCGAAGGAAUUCAACCAAAUUCAUAAUGACAAAGGUGCACACUACUUGGAAACCAAAACGGUUGUCUAUCCGAAUUUUACAUGCACUGAUAAAACAAUUUUUCCAAAUCAAGUCUUCAUUACUGCUGGAAAUGUUGAGAAAUUCAAACCUAAAUUUCACAAAAUGCCAUCACAAAAAUGGGUGGUUAAACAUGAAAAAGAAGAGAAAGUGUUUCAAAAAGAUGGUGCAACAAAAUCAGAAGUGAAAUUGAAUUCUCACGAAUUUAAAGUGAUGGUUGGAAAAUUUUCAUGUGAAAACAAUGUUUCGAAAAGAAAAGUACGAAAGGCAAUUUUUUGGCAAAUAGUGUCUAACGAAAAGCUUAAUGAUGUUAAACCACAGGAUUUGAAAAAUAAAAAUGUGGAAUCUAUUCGAAAAUAUGAUAACAUUAGAAAAUAUGAGACUUCGCAUAACUUUGUGAAUGAUCAUAAGUUUCAAAAUGUUGGAAAAUCAACGAAUAAUUCACCAAUUUUGAAUGACAAAACCCAAACGAAAACAAAAUUUUCACCUAAACAACCAAAAUUUCCAAAUCAUUCAAUCACAAAACCAACCAAACUUUCUUACACAAAAGGAAAAUCUGAUGUAAAUUCAAUCAACACUUGGCUAGAAGGAAAAGGAAAACAAUUUCAAAAUGGAAAAUAUUCUCAACAAAUCAAGACUGUAUUCAAAAAAUAUGUGAAUGAAUUUUAUGUGGAAAGUUUAUCUUCUCAUGGUUCAAUCGUUCCAAUACAAAAAUGGAAACCAGUUAUGAAAGUUAAGCAUGUUGCGAAGGAUGAGGUGAAAAUCAAGGAAAACCCAAAACUAUCGAACAACUUUAUUUCAAUAUCUAGAUCAGAUGAUGUUGAUUUAAUUCAAAGUGUGAAGGAAAAAAUGAUGUGUGAUAAGCAAUACGAUUCGAAAUGGCACAUUGACAGUGUGGUGUUUAAUGAAGAAGGCAACAUCAUAUCAAAAGUGAACACAAAUGAAGUGCUUCUCAAGUCAAAAAGAUAUGGAGAUAUGUUCACACUCGACAUCAAUCUGAUUGUGGGCAAACCAGCAGUGUGUCUCUUGUCGAAGGCUUCUAAUGAUAUUAGCUGGUUAUGGCAUCGUAGAUUGUCUCACUUGAAUUUUCGCAAUAUCAAUAAACUUGUCACUGAAGAUUUGGUACGAGCUUGCAAACAAGGAAAACAACACAGAAAAGGACAUCCAAUCAUUAUAGAUUCGAAUAUCAUAGAACCAUUGGAACUUCUUCACAUCGAGUUAUGUGGACUGUGUUUUAUAAUGAACUUAAAAUAUAAUCUCUCCAAGUUUGAUGCGAAGGCAGAUGAAGGCAUUUUCUUAGGAUAUUCGCAUAAUUUUGUUGCAUACAGACUGUUAAACAAGAGAACACGAAAAGUUGAAGAGACUUUCAACUUAACCUUUGAUGACUAUUUUGUUAAGAAGAUAGAUCGCAAAUUUGAACAAAAACCCAUCAUUGCUGAUUCAAAUAAUCCAGUUGAAAAUGAAAAUACUAUUGAUUUUGAUUAUGAAUUAAUUUUUGGUAUUCCUGAUAGGGUGAUCGAUGCUGAAAUUCAUGCUGUUAAUAAUCAAUCACUAGAAUCCUCAAAACAUAUUGAUGACUCUCCUCAUACAUCUGAUUCAAAUAGUAGCGAAAGCAUGCCUAAUGUUCGUAUGGAGGGGGAGCAUACGACUGAUGAAAUCAAUGUGCAAGAUAGACAUACUUUUGAGGGGGAGAAAAGGAAUGAAGAUCAACAUGUUGAGGGGGAACAUCAAUAUGAUAAUCAAGUUGAAGGGGAGCUUGAAGGUUCAGUUGAGGGGGAGUAUGAAGUUGAUGACAAUAUUUCCGUUGCUGAAACUAAAAAUGAAGAGGUAUAUGAGGAUGCACCAUUAGACUUUGAUCCGACAUAUCCACCAUUGGAAAAAUGGACAAAAAGUCAUCCCAAAGAACAGGUCAUAGGGAAUCCUCAAGACGGUGUGUUGACAAGAGCUCAGAUUCGUGCUAAAAGCGAGAGCCAAAGACUGUGA